AUGAAUUCUUGGGCAGCUGGAAUAAGUAGCACUCAACUAAGUGAAUCAUUCAAUGCAUUUUUGAAGGAUUAUCUCAAUUGUGAUCAUAACUUGAUGGAAUUUUUCAUGCAUUUUGAGAGGGUGCUCUAUGACAAGAGGUAUAAAGAAUUGGAAGCCGAGUAUAAUUUGCGUCAAAAAUUGCCAAGGGUUUCCAUUCCAACUGUGAUGUUAAAACAAAUGGCAGAUAUUUACACCAAAAUAAUUUUUGAGAAAUUCCAAAAUGAGUACGUGCAGUCCAUUGAAGCGUCCAUUGUAGGCACUAUUCAUGAUGGUGAGAGUACCAUAUUCACAAUUCAAACAGAUGUAGAUGGAAAAAAAGAUAAGAAUGUAACAAUGGAUAGAGAUGGUUUUUUGAGUUGUAAUUGCAAGAAGUUUGAAGUGACGGGUAUAGUGUGUCGACAUUGUUUAAAGGUGUUUAGAGAGAUAAUCAAUGCAAAGGACCUUCCUGCACAAUACAUACGCAAACGAUGGACUAAAAAAGCAAGGGCUGAAAGUGUGAAAGAUAGGCGUGGGUAUGAUGUCAAAGUUGAUGUGAAACUACAUCAAAGCGACCGAUAUAGGUCAUUGAUGAAUAUAUUUAGAGCAAUAGCAAAUAGAGCCGUCGAAAGUGAAGAAACUUAUCAUUUGUCACUUGCAAAAGGUGAAGAACUGAGUGUCAUGGUUGAAGACAAAUUAAGUGUGCACACUUGUGGUCAAGUGGAGAUCACUGAAUUCAGAAAUUCCUCAGCUAACACAUGCCUACAGAGUGAUGAAGGUGAUGGUUUUUGUACUCCUGAAGGUCAAUCUGAGCCUCCUGUCGCCAUGGGUAAUAUUUCUAGUCAGGGUGGUUCUUUUUCUACUUCUCAAGGUGAAUCUCAACCUUCUUCCGCCAUGGGUAAUCAUUCAAUACAGGGUGUUUACAUUUCACAAGGUCAAUCUCGACCUCCUUUUGCCAUGGGUAGUAAUUAUGUUAAGGGUCAUGGUCGUGCAAUCUAUAUUUCUCAAUCUCAAUCUCAAUCCCAAUCUCGACCUGAAUCCCAAUCUCAACCCCAAUCUCGACCUGAAUCCCAAUCUCAACCUUCUUUUGCAUGGGUCAUAGGUCAUGGUCGUGCAAUCUAUAUUUCUCAAUCUCAAUUCGAAUCUCGACCUGAAUCUCAAUCUCAACCUUCAUUUGCCAUGGAUCGUACAAGUAUUCAUCAUGUCAUGUAUCCUACAUAUGAUGGAAAUAACACGCCUCAGUCAAUGCCACCUCAUUCAAUGCCUUUAGUGUAUCCCAUUCCGGCAUCGUUUCAGGAGUUGCUUUGA